AUGCAGUGAAAUUGACCAAGCAUCAUGUCCCGAAAUCCAAUCUGCGAGGUGGCCGUCGAUCGCCUCUGAGGGCUGCCCUCUGCGGAUCCCGGGCUGAUGACGGCGCGCGGGUUCCUGCGCGGCAAGGGCGGCAGCCCGUCGCCGGCCAAGGGCAAGAGCGCGGCGACGAACGUCAAGGGGGAGAAGAUGACGACGAAGGAGGUCGUCGAGUUCGUCGCGUCCGAGGCGCGCAAGGACCACGAGGACAACGUCUACGAGGACUACCUGAGCGACGAGGCGAAGAAGCGCUUCAAGCUCGCGGUCGUCAUGGGCCCCGCGUACCAGCAGCGGCUCCGCAUCGGCAAGCUCAAGGUCAAGCUCAUCGAGGCGGCGAACCUGCCCGCGGCGGACCUCGGCGGCAAGUCGGACCCCUACGCGCGGCUCAUCAUCACGGGCAAGAACAAGUACGGCAACGAGUGGACCGAGGAGAAGCGGCAGACGUGGCAGAGCGCGACCGUGAAGAAGUCGUUGAACCCGGGCUGGCACGAGCAGUGCGAGUUCUUCGUGCCGCGCUACGACGCCGUGCUCCGCGUCGAGAUCUACGACCUCGACGUGUCGUCCGCGGACGACCUCCUGGGGUCCGUCGAGAUCCCGAUCAGGGACCUGAGCUUCCUCGGGCUCGUGAAGCGCUGGGUGCCCCUCGAGAUCGCCGAGGGCUUCACGGCGGCGUCGGCGGCCGUGCACCUCCACCUCGAGUACGAGGUGAGCGCGCUCGGCGAGGCGUCGUCCAUGCUCUGGGCCGAGCAGCGGAAGACGAAGGACGCGACGAAGUUCGACAUCAACCUCCUCUACACGAACGGCAUGGCGCUGAACAAGGAGAUGAAGCCCUACCUGGACGUGGCGACGGCGGCGGAGAAGAUCGUGACCUGGAAGGACGAGCGCAAGUCGCGCACGUGGCUCGCGAUCUGCCUCUUCGUCGCGUUCUUCAUCGAGUACUUCUGGGAGAUGCUGCAUUUGGCCAUCGUCGCGCUCCUCGUCCACAACUACUUCGAGAAGAAGAAGCUCGACGUGAUCCGCGCGGAGGCCGCCGCCUGCUUCCAGCGCAUCGACGCCGACGGCGGCGGGUCCCUCGACCGGUCCGAGAUCGGUCUGGCGAUGGCGGAGCUCGCGACGAAGAACGCGCGGCCGCCGCCGCCGGACGACGAGAUCGACGCGCUCUUCAAGAAGGCCGACGAGGACGGCGGCGGCGAGCUGGAUCUCGACGAGUUCACGCAGCUGUGCAUCGACUCGCCGUCGAUCAUGGGCUUCGACAAGGCCGAGGAGGAGGCCGAGGAGGAGGUCGACGACGAGCCCGAGGACCCCGAGGCCGCGGCGCUGCUCGCGGGCGCGGCCGGGGGCGAGAAGAAGAAGCGGUCGCUGAGCUUCCGGAAGCCCAAGGACGACGGCGACAGGAAGGAGGACCACAAGGGGCCCGUGUCGGGCAUCGCGAAGAAGAUGAUCAACCUCGCCGGCAAGAAGGCGCGUGGAAAUCAAAUCUUCAACCCGACUUCAAUGUGCAAGAAGGCGGGGUCGGGCCCCGCGCUCGCGAUGCGCCAGCUCGGGGCCACGGCCAAGGACGUCGCCGAGGUCCGCGACUUGUUCGAGUGGAAGGAGCCGAAGAAGACGCUGCCCAUUUUGGCGGGCAACGUCUUCAUGGUCCUGUUCCACUACGUGACGCCGCUGUGGAUGUUCUUCGUGCCCGCGGUCUGCGGCGCCUUCUUCGUGCUCACGGAGAAGCUCAAGGCGCUGGAGCGCGUCGCGGCCAAGGGCGCCAAGGCGCGGAGCCGCUACGUCGAGCUGCGGAAGUUGAAGUUGGGCACGGGCGACCGGGGCGCGAUCUCGGUGUUGGCGCACCCGACGGACCGGCCCGUGCUCGCGGAGCUGAGCCGGUCGACGCUGCCGGGCUUCGGCAAGAGCCACAACAAGCGCCUCAUCAAGACCGUGGUCACGGGCAUCUUCAGCCGCCUCGACGAGGACGGUUCCGGCUCCGUCGACGGCAAGGAGCUCACGGACUUCAUCGUCGGCGCGAUGCCCAACGCGUCGCCGCGGGCCCAGGCCAUGUUCGGCGGCUGCCCGACGGCCGUCGCGCGCGUCGUCGAGCGCCUCGUGGCCAAGUUCGACGUCAACGGCGACGGGGAGAUCGACAAGGCCGAGUUCACGGAGAUCGUCCGCAAGACGGGCUGCGUCGAGGUGCUGACGCAGGACGAGCUGAGCCGCCAGCUCCACAGCGACGGCGGCCUCCAGUGCGUCAAGCUGCCCACGUCCAAGGCGCUCGCCUUCAACAGCGCGCGGAGCCACGCGACGGCGCUCACGCUCUUCCCCGCGCCCGACAAGCCCGAGCCCAACGGCGGCGGCUACCUCGUCCACGACCUGGCCUACGCGAAGCGCAAGGGCGACAAGGUCUCCGUGACGGGCAUCACCAAGGUCGAGCCCGACGCGGCCAAGCUCAACCGCGUCGCGGUGCACGCGCCGGGGCUCUCGCAGCCGUUGCUCUUCGAGGUGAGCCCGCUCUUCCGCGACCCGCUCGUCGACCUCCUCACGCUCGCCUGCACGGGCGUGCCCCUGCCCCUGCCGAAGAACGUCCAGGCCCUGCGCCGCGGCACGGACCUGUCCCUCGACCCGAACCAGCUCGCGGACAUCGACGCCAUCAUCGAGCAGCCGCCCCCGGGCGACGACGACGACCCCGCGAGCCCCGUCCGCGCCGCCUUGAUGCACCACUCCGUCGCGCGCCGCGGCCCGCCGCGGCGCGGCGCGGGCGCCGCGGGCGUCGCCGCGGGCUUCUUCGCGGCGGGCGCGCCCGCGGCCGUCGACGCGCGCUUCUUCGCGGCGGGCGCGUCCGCGGCCGUCGACGCGCGCUUCUUCGGCAGGAAGAUGCCCGCCAGCGGCUUCGCCGUCGGCGGCGCGGGUGCCGCGGCCGCGGGCGGCGCAGCCGGAGGCGCGGCCUCCGGGAACUCGAGCCAGAACCGCAGCCGCGCGGGCCGCUCGCCGGGCUUCGGCGGCGCGACGCUCCACGCGCCGCCUUUUACCUUCACGUUCACCGUGCCGCCCGCGCCGACGAAGAAGAAGAAGCGCGACAAGCCGAUGAACGUCGACCUGCUCUGCAAGAUGGCGGAGAAAGAGCUCGAGUGCCGGAUCACCACUAAGGACGGCACGAAGCUCGAGGCGCGCACGGCGAACCUCAAGGGCGGCUCCGUCGCCGUCGUCAUGUGCCCGCCGCUGCCGCCCAACGGCAACUGCUACGUGCCCGAGAUCGGCGUCACGCAGGCGAAGCUCGCGCUCGCGGGCUACUGCACCGUGCGCUUCAACUUCCGCGGCGUCGGCGCGUCCGAGGGCGCGACGUACUUCCGGAGCCCGCUGCGCGAGUGCGAGGACGUGCGCGACGUCGCGCGUUGGCUCCACGCGUCGCGGAAGCACCACGGCCUGCCGCCGCUCGAGUCCGUGUGGAUCCUCGGCGUGUCCUACGGCAGCGCCAUCGGCGCCGCGGCCGCGGGGCUCUUCGACGAGUUCGCGGGCUACGUGGCCGUGUCCUACCCCGCGAGCUACCUCUGGUACUGCUGCAACCUCCAGGGGGAGACGUACCUGAACCACGCGCGGUGCGCGAAGCCCAAGCUCUUCCUCUGGGGCGACGUCGACGUCUUCGCGGGGAAAAAGGUCAUGCGAGACGUCUACGCCUCCAUGCCCGAGCCCAAGGAGAAGGCGUCCGUGGCGACGCUCGACGCGACGUUGGGGCACUACUUCCGGUCGAAGGAGCACCUCAAGUUCCUCAACGAUAAGACGCUCGCCUGGUUCAAGAAGAACGCGCCGACGCUGCCGCCCCGGACCCUCGAGCCGCCGCCGAGCCCGCCGAAGCCCUUCGCCCUGCCGCCCAAGGCGCCCGCGCCGCCCGCGCCGCCGGCGGAGGACGCGAAGGACAAGGGCAAGAAGCCCAAGCCCCGCAAGUCCAAGGCGAAGUAA